CCAUCUGAUCAGAGUGAGGAGAUGGAGUCAGAGCAUCUUCAUCCAAACACGGGUGUUUGGAUGAAGAUGAGGAAGCGCUUCUCGAGUCCUUCCUCCGUCGUGACGUCACGCGGUCCUCCUCCUGCCUCCGUCUCCCCAAAUCUCCCCGAAGGAGCAGCGCUCUGCAGAGAGGGCAGAGCGGGAGCACCGAGAGGACCUCCGUCACCAUGCUGGACACGCUCACCUUCCUCCUGGAGAAGCUCUUCCUCCUCGCGCACGUCAAGCUGACCAGCCUGCUGCCUCCCCCCCCGCCGCGCGGCAGAGAGCCGCCGCCCGCCUGCCGCGACCGGGAGGAAUCUCCGCCGCAGCCCGUGGGACCGGAGCACCGGUUCUCCCGGGGAGACCUGCUGGAGGUCCCGCGCACACUCUUCACGCACUUCGGCAUCUACCUGGGCGACGGGCGGGUCGCGCACCUGAUCCCGGACGUGCUCGCCGGCGACGGGCGGCGCGUCCAGGAGACGGUGACCAACACGCGCCUGGUGCUCGGCGUGCUCUCCAAGCGCGCCAGCGUGCGCGUGGACCUGGUGGAGGACUUCGCGUACGGCGCCGGGAUCCUGCUGAACGCCACGGACCGCGCCGCGUGCCGGUGCGCGCUCCCCGGGGAGGAGGUGGCGCGCCGCGCGGAGCGGCUCGUGGGCUCCGUGUCCUACAGCCUGCUGUGGAACAACUGCGAGCACUUCGUCACGCACUGCCGCUACGGGAGCGCGCAGAGCCUGCAGACCGACAAGUUCUGUGAGUGGCUGAAGUCACUGAUCCGGGACCAGCGCAGCGCGGCGCUGACGGCGCUGCUGGGCCUCCUGUCCAUGGCGUGUUGGGGGGUCUCCCCCGGCACCUCCUUGCCCAGCCUCCUCGUGCCCUUCACCCUGUGGAUGGUCAGCUAGGAGCCGCUGUGUUGGGGGGCGGAGGGACAGGAAGUCAACACUCGUGACCCAGGACUCGGGGCCAUUUAAAGACAAAAAAAGGCUGUUUGAUUGACAGGUGUGUUUUUGGGUGCUUAGCAACAACGACAACUAAAAGAACAUGAAGCACGCUUCAAGUUGUGGCGUCAAGGGGACCAAAGAUAAUUUUAGAGUUACGUUUCACUUUGAAUCAUUGUGGAAAUAACGUCAUUUAAUUUUCUCAUUUUCUAAUAUUUAACAGCCCGAAUCACUUAAAACAACUAAUUAAGUUGGUUAAAUUGUUUAAAUCAGACGAGCUGAUGCCGUCAGCCAAUGAGGCGCCAGUUCAAAUUCAAACCUCUCAGCUGCGUGCUGAUUGGUUCCCACUGAAGUCGUAAACAUCUGCCAUAACAUUUUUUAUUUUUAUUAAGUAUCUUAUUAUAUAACGUUUCUUUCUUCUGCUGAAGCGGCCAUCUUGUCUGUAGUUUGCUCCAAUGAGGCUGCCAUCUUGUUUGUAGUUUGCUCCGAUGAGGCUGCCAUCUUGUCUGUAGUUUGCUCUGCUGAGGCGGCCAUCUUGUCUGUAGUUUGCUCUGCUGAGGCGGCCAUCUUGUCUGUAGUUUCCUCUGCUGAAGCUCUUAAUGUAAAUAUCUGUAGAUAUCCUUCACAUCCCGACUGUUCUCCAGCCGUCGAAACGUGUGAACAGAAUUUAUUUUUCAAGAUGCUGUAACACUUUAUGUAUGUACUUUGUAAUAUGUAAAUAAAGUUU